CGCCAUCGAGUUGCAGAGAAAGACGAGAACGCGCGCGGGGUGUCAACUCGGCACACGCUCGGGCGCCGAGAAUCCGAGAUAUCUUAGCUUCUGAUUUGCCACCCAAAUGGCCGACGCAGCAAAUCAACGCAGGCUCGGGAGGCUCGAGAGAGCAUGCGACGUCUGCAGGAGGAAAAAGAUCCGCUGCAACCGUCCAAAACACACUGACACCGACAAAUGUAUCUACUGCCAGGAAGGAGGGCUGGAAUGCACAUACAAUGAGCAAGCUCAGAGGCGAGGUCCGCCGAAAGGCUAUGUAGACGCUCUAGAGCACAGGUGUGGGCGUCUUGAAAAGAUCAUACAGCAGCUCGAUCCACAGUUGGACUUGGCUGCCUACGCCGGACCACAGCUCGACCUCGAUACGUUUGAGGCGUCAGUCCACCGUCAGAAGCUUUACGACGCUGGUAUUCCGAGUUAUCCCUUGCACAAGCCUCUCAGCAGCAACAUCGGGCCCACUGCCAGCCUUGCGCGUACACCGCAUCUGGACCGCUUCUACAAGAGUCUCCACUCCCAAGGCCACCACACGGACAUGGACGCAGAAUCCAGCGCCCAGUCUUACCUUGUCAGCUCUCUCAAGCAUGUCGGCGCUCGUGACCAACACUGGCGCUACUAUGGCAAAGGCUCAGACAUUGACACUAUGCGUCAUCUCAGCGGCCUGCUGUACUGCACGGGGCAGACAUCCGGUCAGACAUUCGACCUGACUGACGAGAUAGCGAGGGCCAAACGGCAGAAAUACUGGGAUGCGCCGAGAUGGGAGAUCAGGACCAACGAAGAGGGUCUGCACCCUGUCGACCUCGAUUCUUGGCCCGACCAAGUCCUCGCACAACGGCUAAUCAAUGCCUACUUUUGUUACGCCAGCACCUACCUGCCUCUGCUGGAUCGCAGCGAAUUCCAGCAGCAGCACGAUCUGGCAAGGUGGAAGCAGGACCACGGCUUUGCUCGUGUCUGUCUCCUCGUAUUUGCCUGCGGUGCUCGCUUCGUGGAUGAUCCCAUCGUCCUUUGGCCCGACGAAUCCCAGUCGAGCGUCGACGACCCCACAUUCCACCGGCAUUCUGCCGGAUGGCGAUACUUUUGCGCCCUAGUCCGCAUGGGCAGAAAGACCGUCCAAAUUCCAACCCUCCAUGAGCUCCAAAUCCAAGUCCUCACCUGCCAGUUCCUCCUCGGUGCGGCGCAACCACAUCAAGUAUGGAUCAUCGCGGGUCAAGGCUUGCGCUCUUGUCAAGAGCUGGGUAUACAUCGACGGGCUACCCUGUCUCGUGUGGCUCCUGCGGAGAAGGAAGCUCUGACGAGAGCGUUCUGGUGUCUGUAUCAUCUUGAUCGGGUAGCGUCAGCGCCUCUCGGGCGCUCGGUCGCCAUCUACGAUAGUGAUACAGAUGUCGACUACCCUUCUGCCAUAAACGACCAGACCACCAUAUCAGUCUUUACCCUCUUGCUCAGAAUCGACCACAUUCUCGGCGCAACCCUCCAAACCAUCUACUCUCGUCCCCUGGGCUCCAAAUUCAACCCAGACCUCUACCGCAGCUCCAUCGCCGAGAUGAACACUGCUCUUGAUCUUUGGGAAACCCAAGUACCCCCAGAGCUCUGCUGGGACCCUACGAAUACACUCUCAGACUAUACCUCCUUCCGCCAGACUGCCGCUCUACACGCCCAUUACCACUACACCCGCAUCCUCGUCAACCGGACCCACCUCAUCCCUACACCCGCUAGCAAAGCCGACCCCGCGUCUGGCUAUUACCGCUCGCUUGUGUCUGCCCGAGCGUUGUGCGAGAUCCUUCAGACGUCGUUGGAAAGGGGCGAGCGGCAGGGGGUGAGAGAAGGGGCGAGGCUGGAUAUAGGGAUGGCUUUGGGGGUUUGGAGCUCUGCUAUAAUCAUCCUCAUUGAUGUCCAUUGCAGCCGCCAGACAUUCCAGGAGCGGCAACGGUCGCUAGGAUAUCUACGGGUAUUGGAAGAGGCGAGUGAGGAUAUGGAGCUGUCCUGGAGGUUGCAGGGCAAGUAUACCGAUAUGCUGAGAAUCAUGAUGGGUGAAAAGAUCAUGCCCGAGGCCUGCGUUCCUUCACCUGGACGGCAACUUGGAUAUGCCAACGAUGUUUGGCCUAGGCGAUUUGAUGCCCUGACGGUGGGCGGCGAGGCUUCGUCGUCCGAGCCAGGAAGCUCGGUACAAACCCACUUUCUAUCCUCCAAGCGCUCCACUCUCAACAACUCCAACACUGUGUCGUACCAUCAGUACGCAUACACAUCCGAGAAUGCACCAGGUAUCUCGGCUCCUCAGUCAGCACAACCGACGACGGUCCUUGACUGGCUGACGGAGGAGGCAAUCGGAGGGUUGGGCAAUGAUCGGGGGACGGGGCGCGGACAAGAUACCGGGCUGGGAGAUCCGGUGAGCCCUCUAUGGGCAGAGUUCUUUGGAGAUUCAGUUAUAUAACCAGGUGGAUGAGCAUAGAAGAGUGCUUCAUAGGCACUGAUUCACAUUGUUUGUUUUUUGUACUGUAGCAAGUUCCACAACACGAUAACAACGGACC